AUGGCAAAUACACCGCCAAAAGUGUCUAGGGUCACCACCGGCGACUCGCACAGUUCCGUCGUUCUCAAUCAUCGGGAGUCGUUGGCGAUGCCAAAGGCCACCAAAAGUUCUGCUGCAAACCAGCCUGCCGACGCGCACAGAGAUUCCGUUCCUUAUCCCAACAUUCCUUUCCACGAGGACGACGAAACGCAUCAUUAUCAUGGCUGGAUGAAGCAGUUCUGCGUAGAAUCAUCUUGUGAUGCCACGGCAUUAGCGUUGGCCAUUUUUGUUCCCUGCGUAUUAUACGGCAAAAUCGAGUGGCGCAAAGCCCGGCUUUCUCGAGGCCAGCCGGCUGAUGAUUCUGUAUGGAAGUCGAAAGAUGGCUGUAAUGGGAUGUGCUGGGCUUACUGCCUUGUGGGUUUCUUUUGUCCAGGUGUUGAAAGUAAGCUUUAUAACCGCCUCGAAGCCAUUUGCUAACAUUGUUCAGCGAUAUUCGUGUGCAUUACGCGAUCAGCUGUGCGCGGUAAAUAUGGUAUCAAGGGCAACAUAGGAACAGACUGUGUUCUAUCAUAUUUCUGCCGCCCAUGUACAUUAGUCCAUAUGGACAGAGAGAUUCGAGCCCGGGAAGGAGACGUGAAAUUUCGGGAUAGCAAAAAGUACGCAGAGUAUGUGAGACAGCGCGGCAUACAAACUGAGCAGCCUACUCCGCAUCCCCCCAUGGAAUACAUGUCUCCCCGCCCAACUCAUGACCAACCAUCUGGAAGAAAUCCUCCACGAUAUUCAGAGAUGUCACAAACCGGUGCCGGACCUUUCAUCAUUCCACCGAGCAAGUCAGCUGAGAAGAUGCCAGCAUUAUCGAACUCUGCUUCCGAAGAUCCUCACAGCAAAACCAGUAAGGUCGUGGAGAAGAAGCCAGCACGGCCUAGGAAAGGACACCGGCGAUCGAAGCUGAGUUCCGCGUAUCUGACUCCAAGUGACGAUGAUGGAGAGGAGCUUUUACCACUAGAGCCAACGAAGGGCAAGCAGAGCUCAAUAUACGCCGACGAAAAUGAGAGUGGCCCCUCCUCAUCGGGCCCUCGACGAAACGACUGCGUCUCGUUUGAACGUUGUCAAAAAAGAGAGAAGGGUGUAUUACCCCCACACUUGCUCGAAAACUGCGAGGUGGCCUCCGUCAAUGCCCCGUCUGCCCAGCAUGAUUUGGGAAAUUGUGGGAAGUCAGACCAACCCACUAGGUCUGCCCACCGACUCGGAAGCAAAAUCUGUGAGACGCUUCGUGAGGAUAAUGAUCGAGCGGGUAGCAGUGCUGCGAAGAGAUCGCAACACCCCCUCACUCAGUGCGAAAAUGCUGGAAAAGAGGAUGAUCCUGCAUCGCAGCAUGCCCUUGAGGAUUGUCAGAGUACUGCGACUAUGACUGCUUCCAAACAGCAGCAUGAGCUUGAGAAAUGUGAGAUGACAAUCAAAAAUUCUCCACGGGAACAACACGAACUCGAACAUUAUCAAACUGCCACCAGAUAUGCUCCUCACAUGCAGCACGGCCUCGAACGUCGUGAUACCACGACUAGCAAUUCUCCUCAAGAACAGCAUAAACUUGAACAAUGUCGGAUCAUUGCUAGUAGUCCCCAAAGGCAACAACAUGAACCUGAAAAGUGUCAUACUACUAGUGGCGACACCCCUCAUAAGCAGCAUGGCCUCGAACUUUGUGAUACCACGACUAGCAAUUCUCCUCAAGAACAGCAUAAACUUGAACAAUGUCGGAUCAUUGCUAGUAGUCCCCAAAGGCAACAACAUGAACUUGAAAAGUGCCAUACUACUAGUGGCGACACCCCUCAAAAGCAGCAUGGCCUCGAAAAUUGUGAAAUGAGCGACCGCAUGGCAUCUCAAAAACAACAUCAGCUUGAACAGUGCAGGAAGACCUCCAGCAAUACCAGCAAUGUACGCCAAGAGCAACAUGGUCUUGAGCAGUGUAAGAUCACUGACGCCAAUGCUUCCACAAAACAGCACAAAAUUGAAAAGUGUGUUGAGUCUCUUCCUGAAAUGGUCUUUUCUCCAACGCUUUUAGCCUGUGACCUGCCACCAGCACCAUCCAUCGCCAAGAACCAUACGCUCACGGUUUGUGAGGAUUCCAACGGGAUGAAAUCCAAAGCGGACAAUUCGCCACUUAGGCGCAAUCCGAACUUUCAACACAAGUUGGCUGAUUGUUCAUUUGAGAACCCAAGCUCGACAUCUGGAAGGCUUUAUCAAACAGUCCCUAACCACAUCAACGGUGAGAGGUGCAGUCGAUCCUACGCGCAUCGGUUAUCCAGCUGUCCGGUAUCCUCUGAUGACUCCUCGCCCGACGACCACAAAGCUAAGUAUCAUGUUGCGGAAAACGCGGAAACCCGCAAUAGUACGGAAAACUCAAGCGCAUUGUCCGAAGUUGUAGGUCCCAUCAGACAAGAAGAGAUGCGUAAAACAAGAAAAGAAAUUCCGCAAUUGGUGUCGUCGCAAACAAUGCCUACAAUGAGCACCAGCGGCACCGAUACUCAAAGGCAAGAACUCCAGCCAGACGACACCGCCAAAGGCAAGCGGAGAGUCAACGAGGCCAAGGCAGUAAUUGAUGAGUACCGUUCUGCCGAGCACUCCGCACAGCUUUCGUUGGCAAAAUUUCUCGAAUCAAAGGGGAAAACAAUAGGCCACGGUUCAAGCAGCAAUCAAGGGUUUGUGGAGGCAGCUGCCCGCACAGGUAGACGCACGAGAAGCGACUACGGGCUUGCGGACGAUUCUGAUGAUGAUGCCUCGCUAGAAGCAUCAGGCAAGGUUCCAGGCGGAGAGAAUUAUCAAACCGCACGAUCAACGUGGCUAACGAGGAUUUCAUCGCCCUUCAGAGGAAAGGAGUAG